CCUCACAGCCCUCGCGCCGACGCUCCGGGCGUUGUGGGACGCUAGGGCGGCUACUGGAUUGUAACAUGGUGACCCCUUGCCCUGCCAGCCCGGCCAGCCCCGUCGCGGGAGCCGGGAGCGGGGACAGCCAUCAGAACCUCCGCGCCCCAGUGAAGAAGAGCAGACGCCCGCGCCUCCGGAGCAAGGAGCCGCUGCGGCCGCUGAACGCGUGUGCGCUCCCGGGAGACUCGGGCGUCUGUGACCUUUUCGAGUCCCCCAGCUCUAGCUCGGACGGCGCCGACAGCCCCGCAGUGUCUGCGGCGCGGGACUGCAGCUCCCUACACAGCCCAGCCCUGCCCUUGACGGCGCUAGAUCUCCAGACCUUCCGAGAAUACGGCCAGAGCUGCUACGACUUCCGAAAGGCGCAGGAGAGCCUUUUCCACCCGCGGGAGUCGCUGGCGCGCCAGCCACAAGUGACUGCUGAAUCCCGCUGUAAGCUGCUCAGCUGGCUCCUGCAAGUCCACCGCCAGUUCGGCCUCUCUUUCGAGUCACUGUGCCUGACCGUGAAUACUCUGGACCGUUUCCUCCUCACGACUCCGGUAGCUGCAGACUGCUUCCAGCUGCUCGGUGUCACCUGUCUGCUCAUCGCUUGCAAGCAGGUAGAGGUGCACCCACCUCGAAUGAAGCAGCUCCUGGCCCUGUGCGGCGGUGCUUUCUCCCGGCAGCAGCUGUGUAACCUGGAGUGCAUCGUGCUACACAAGCUGCGCUUCAGCUUGGGCGCGCCCACCAUCAACUUCUUCCUGGAGCACUUCACGCACUCGCGCCUGGAGACCUGUCAGGCUGAGGUCACCGAAGCUUUGGAGGCUCAAACCCUGGCCCGGGGAGUAGCGGAGCUGAGCAUGACCGAUUAUGCGUUCACCACCUACACACCUUCCCUGGUAGCCAUCUGCUGCCUGGCGCUGGCUGAUCGAAUGCUGCGGCACCAGCACCUGACGGACCUUCACCUGGGCGAGCACUCAGAGGCGACACUGCAAGACUGCCUGGGCAAGCUGCAGACGCUAGUGUCCAUCAACAGUAGCUCCCUGACUCACAUGCUGCCUCCCCAGAUCUGGGAGCGGUGCAGCCUGCCCCAGAGUUAGAAAUGAAAAGCACACUCUUGAGCCCCAUUUUUAAAAAUUCCCUGGCCCCUGCCCCGUGCCUUAAGGAGAAUAUGCAGUGCUGAUCCAAAGAGAAGUUCAGGUCUCCUACCUGUAAAAGGUGUACAAUAAUGGAAUCUUUAUUUAUUUUGCGGUACACAUGGGCAGGGUGACAGUUCUGGCUUGUUUAAAUGCAGUUGUUGGCUGUACCUUCCUUUUCCAGACCAAGUCAGUCACGAGGUUGCCAAUUUCUGAGGCUCUUCCUUGCUCCCACAAUUUUACUUUGUAGUUAGCUCUGUGAAAACAACCUGGCAAGAUUUUCUAUGCCACUGUUCCAGAAAGCAGAUGAGUCAAAGUUGCUUGUCCGCAUCUUAACCCCCUCCAAGUCAGGAGGCUGAGCCCCCUCCCCCAUACCAGUGACCCCAGGAGAAUGUGACAGAGUUAGAAGUCAUAGUCUGUGCUGUCUGGAAGGGCAGUGCUGCUGCUCAUUGAUGUGGAGCUGAGAUGCUUUGGGGACCUGGCAGCCAUGCUAGCAGUGGGCAAAGCAAGAGACAAUCCCUGGUGCAAGACACAAAACGCUGGAAACGCUGGAAGGUUUUUUGCAUAUUGUUCUGGCUGUUGCAACGUGGGUCAUUUCCUCUGCAGUUACAGGCCAGGUUCAGUUUACGCUGCAGCAGAAGCCCAGGGUAACUAUGGUACGACAGUAAUAAAUAUACUACUUGCAAC